CAAAAGAAUGUAAUUUUCUGCUUGAGCUAUUUAAUGGAAAAACCUUUAUCUCCUGUCGUUUGAUAUAAUUUUGUUGCACGUGCCGUCAUCUGCAUGGAGUAGAAGUCUUCGCCAUUUAACUCCUUAGCUUCCACGGAUGAGAUCUUUCCCAAAACGCGGAUGGGCCCAAUUAACUGGCCCAUGCACUUAAGUGGCGAAAACCCCUGGUCAAACAUUGGGAAUCUUCGACCGCUUCAUUCACCAAUCGCUUCGUCUUUCACGUCUUUUAACCGCAUUCAUCAUUUCCCAACUAUCCCUUCCCCUUUCACUAUAAAUGGGAAAGGAUGGUUAGCUGCUAGUCCAUCCCUUUCUGACUUCUUCGUCAUGGCAAGUAAGUCUCGGAGUAAAGUCGUCAUCGGCAUAACCCUUUCCGGGACUUCUUCUUCUUCGGAUGAUGAUUUCUCCGCCUCUCCGGCUCAAUCCAACGACAUGGCUGGGUUGAGUCCCAGCGAGUUCUCAAGACUUUAUCCAGCAACUCGCCUCCCUGCACCAUCUCCUCCUAGUCCACCCAGGCUUCCAUCCGGAAGGAUAGACUGGAACUCAAUGACCCUCCAAGACUUCGCCUUGUACCAGAGGAUGCACAGGGCUAAACUUGGGCGUACUUUGCAAAUUGCUGAGGCAGAACCUUCAUGUGAAAGCCGGAUUGCUUCUCCAAACUUGCUGAAGUCUCCCAAUGAUGGUUCUUCAUUGAGGGCUGCAGCUCCCCGUCCUGGGACAUGGGAAGACUAUGACAUCUGGGAAGCUGCUGAUUCCACAGCGUGUCCCUCGUCAAAGAGAAGGAGCCCAUGGAAGAGACCCCCACCUCCUUGUUGACUGCAUGGACGCAAUAGGCCCUCCUUCAGCGCCUAGCCCCCUGCAAAUCAAAUUUCUUUUCCUCG